GUCCCGCCGGUAAAAAUUUAAAUUAAUCGACUAAUCUCAACGACAAUCGACUACUCGUAAGACAAAAAUAAUAACAUAGCCGCUGCCUUUGUAUCUGCAUAACGAUUAUAUAUGCAAAUCUCGAAUGGAAUAUCAUUUCCAUAGAUCAUACGAAAGAAAAUCUCAUCCUAAUUAUUGUUAUCGCAAUCGAAUCGUUUGUCUCCGAUAGCGAUAGUUCAUGGUUCAUCGUCUACUAUUUUUACUGUCACAGUAGCGUCGAUUCUUGGGCUUGAUUCUAAGUGCGUAUGGUCGGAGGCGCGUUUUAAAAUAAAAAAUAAUUCGUAUUACCGUUGCUCGAAAAGUUCAUUUUCUAUCGUAAUAUGAUCCCUGACUGCUGAUGUUUUCGGUCGUCAUUAAGGCGAUUUUACAUGGGACAUGGCUACCGUCAAAGUAACGGAGCAAAAAGUUAUUCUUUGUGGUGAAUAUGGUGUUGGGAAAACGUCUAUAUUCAGGCGAUUCGCGAACAAUUCCUUCGUGGCAAGUAACGAUCGAAAAUCGACGCUUGGUCUCGAUAAUAUCGACAAAGAAUAUAUAGUCGACGACAGACGAAUACGUUUACAAUUAUGGGAUACUGGAGGUAUGGAGAGAGUAGCAUCCGUGACAUCGAGUUACUACAAGUUUGCGGAAGCAGCUAUUUUGGUAUUCGCUCUAGAUAACUCGACGUCUUUUCAUCUUUUAUCUCAACAUCUAUUAGAUAUAGUUACGUACGCAGAAAACGCAAAGAUUUUUCUUUGCGGCAACAAAAGUGACUUAGAAGGAGUCACUCCACAAGUUACAGAUGCGGAAAUGGAACAAUUUUGCGAGCAAUGUCAUAACUUAAUUUCUGGAACUUACAAAACGUCUUGUAAAACUGGAGAAGGAAUACAUGAAAUGUUCGAGGACAUUGCGCAACAUCUAGUUGAAGCUAAUCGAUCUCGAAUGGAACUUCACGAAAUGGACAAAGAUCGCUUCAAAAUUUCCUAUAUCGACGAAGCUACUGAUCCAUCGUGUUUAUGUUAAAAAAUAAGAAACAACGAAGGAACUUUUACAAUUUUUUUAGAAACGAAGGAAUUGAAUUAUAUUUCACGUCACGAGUAUAUGACAAGACGCGUUUUUCCAGAUACGGAGCAAGUAUUUGGAAACAUCGACGUAGAAAUUUUAUAUACGUAAAAAUCUAGGAAUAAAUUUAAGGUCCUUGACAGUAACGAUUUUUAAAUUAAAAUUUUAUUAUACGUCGAGGAUAAUUUUAAUUAAGCGAGCUUUAACUCUACAACUUACUCUCUGCGCAUCAUUAUACGCUUAAUUCUGCUUAUCGAUAUACGAGCCUUCUAAUUCACACGCUAACAAAAAAAAAACUAAUGCUGAGUCCAUUUGAUAGUUUUUAAAUCGAUUCCAUCUUCGACCAUCUCCCACAAUGGACUGUAAAGAAACAAAUUUUGUGAUUCACGCAAUCUCGAUUUUUUAUCUGGAUUCGACAUAAUUCUAUUGUUGAAAACACAUGAACAAUGAAUCUGUCCAUCCAAUUGAAAAUGAAUUGCUUAUAAUAAGUGAUGUAAAUUAAUCAUGCUUUUACAUUAAAUAAAGAUUUAUACUAUGAUCAA